AUGCCCCGAAAUCACAACGCCGGCCCUUCAACCCUUCGAAACCGCAAUCGCGUCACUAACAAAACCCGCCUCAAGGUCAUCACUGAGAGCAUCGAUGCCGACCCGAUCGUACUCGAUGAAGAUGAGGAGAAGAUCAGGGUGGUCUCUACCGCCGGUGUCGAUGCUGAGGAUGCCAAUGAACAUCACCUCCAGGCGGUAUUGUCGGCAGCGGCCACUCGCCAUCAAGCUCAUGCGCGGUCGACACGAGCGGCGUCAGAGAAGGAGAAGACGGAGCCGGCUGCCUAUAUUCCCACGCCAGACAGCACUGGGAUCGUCGGCAAUUAUGAAGAGCUAUAUCCUUCCGGACGAUGGAAGGAUCCCACGACGUAUGUCAAAUUCUCCGACACGGUUGAGGAAUCCAUCUCGUUCUCCCUUACAAAUGGGUUCAUUUUUUAUAUGGAUGAGCGCGACAAAGAGUGGCUUGACAAGAACAAUGAGGAGGCGCGUGGAGAGGGUACCAGUGCGCAGGGCUCAGUCUCAAGCACGAGUACCCGCUCAGGGCGAAGUUCCAAGGCGAAAGGGAAAGACCCUGAGAUUAGCCAGCCUAUCGCAAUGUCGGAAGAUGAGUUCGAGCUGGUUAUGGCAAUAUUUGAGAAAGUAACCCAUGAGAAGACCGAGUUUCUGCACCAUGGACUCGAGCAGGGAACACCAUUUCCGCCGUUCUCAGACUAUCAGGAUACUUUCACAACUGAUUUGCCACCGUCAACGUUCGCUUUAUUCACUAAACCAGCCUCGGUUCCUCCUCCAUCCCAGCUUCUGCGACUGGCUCGGACUGUCUAUCCGUAUUGGCGUGAGCGGCGCAUUGAGCGUGCCGGCCACCCGAUCAUACCCACAGUUAAUCUUGACGAAACGGAUAGCAAAAAUGAGUCUUACAUCUGUUUCAGACGGCGAGAAAUCAAAGCCGUCCGCAAGACUCGCGCUCAACAAGUGACGUAUUCGGACAAGCUGACCCGUUUGCGGGACGAGCUAGACGAAGCGCUCAAAUUGUCAAACUUCCUUAUGAGACGCGAGAAGGCGAAACGCGAGUCUGCCCAUCACGCACACACUGUGUGGGAUAAGCGAUUCACUCUCGCGGAAUUCAAGCGGAAGUAUCCGAGUUUGUGCUCCAAGGAGGACGAUGACCUCUUCUACGACAAGGAGCGGGUGCCCAAGAAGCCGAGACUCGAAUCCACCGCACCUAGAGAGAACGGUGAUCUUGCUUCUCCCACGACUCAUACGGAGCCCCCGAUUCGACCCAAAGAGCGGUGGGCACAGAUCCAGAGUCAGAUUGAGGAUGAGCUGUCUCAGCGAAAAGAGAAGGAUCAUGGUUGGGAAGAUGCAACCGACAAUCCAUACCAGCCUUCUCCUGUUUCUCAUGCAUCGAAGCUUUUCAAGGUCGUUACUGCUGCACGACGUUCAGCAGCAUCUAAAGGUAACGAGAUAGCUCAACAUGACCGGACGCCUCGGGCAGGCCGCUUGCGCUUUGGGCGUGGAGGCCGCAUUCAUCUCGACCGAUGUGCAGUCUUCCGACAUGUAUCACCGUCAGGCUUUCUCGCCGAGGACGGCGAUAACGAGGACGAAACACAGGAGCGCGUUCGAAGACUCACAGAGCGGUGGCGGUACGACGUGGAUGAUGUUCCAGCUGUUGGUCCUGAUGGAUCUGAGGAGAAGGACCGCGGUUUACUUGAUGAUUUCUCGACGAAAUAUCUGGUACACCACGUCGCUCUAUUGAAUGAUCAGGAUUAUUCAUCCCUGACGACGGAUGCAACUAUCACGACCACGUCAAGUGACGGUCGUCCCCAGUCGCAUUUACCAUUCAGGUUCACGAAUCGCAAGGACAUCCCGGGGAUGUCGCAGAGACCAUCACCAAUACCGCUCGGUCAGCCCAUCUCGGCCGUGCAUUCCGCAAGUUCGUCAUUGUCGUUAUCUUCCGUCGGAACCCCCGUGUCUGUGGCUACGUCAUUGAAGAACAUAGCGCCUCCGAAUGUGCCUCACAUGCGCAUAUCAUCGAACGGAGCAAUGCGACCUCCGGGCCUUCCCACAAUCCCAAGCAUGCCUGCCGCCAUCUCAACAUCCCAUACGUCCCCUCAUAAUACACCAUCGGUGCCUGUUGGUCACGUCAACGGCACGCACGACAGCGCUGCGCAAAUCACCGACGGCGUCGACCAAACCGUCCGCUCCCCUGCCCCUAAUGGUCACACGCAGGUUUCGAAUGAUCAAUCUCAGCCGGAUGCGCUUUCAUCUGCGACAACGUCUCUCUCGCCUGUACGCGCCAAGACCCAGGUUCAGCAACCGAUAUCUAUGCCUUCUAUGCACAACGGCUAUCAUAUGACUCCCGUUAAUUCAUACUCCAACCCUAUGCCCACCCCUCAGUAUAUGCAUCCAAGUUCGCGGCCCAAUGUACAGCAAAUGCCGAAUUUCAAGUCCGCCUUCGCG